GUGAAAGUCUCCAUUUUAGGUUCUCUCCCAAAUUUUCUCUUUCUAAAAAGGAAACCGGAUCGAUCAGAAUACAGAGAAGCUAAAUCAUAUUCGGAAAUGCGCUCUCAUCUUUCUAUGUUUGUUUGUAUGUAAGAAUUAUGUCCACCCCAUCUCCGGGAGCAUCGCCGUCUCCCACAUCGCCGCCUCCGGCACCAACCAACAUCACAUCGCCGCCGCCAACCAACAUUACUUCUCCGCCCCCUUCUGAGGCUUCCCCGCCACCUUCCUCGCCGCCACCUUCAGUUCCAGUUCCUUCCGUCUCUUCUCCGCCGCCAGCAACGCCUUCUGCCCCUUCUCCGUCAUCUAGCCCCCCUGCGUCGCCAGCAAAUUCUUCUACCCCUCCUCCUUCAUCCGAGACUCGCCCGUCGCCCGGACCGCCUGCUACCCCUCCUCCGUCGUCUGUGUCCCACCCACCACCGGCGACGCCGUCUACCCACCCGCCGUCAUCUAAGUCUCCCCCGUCGCAUCCUCUCCCGCCUGCAACCAACUCACGUCCUCCCUCCCGAUCUCCUCCUUCCCCGCCGCCGCCUCAUUCUGGGUCUAAAGGAUCUAAUCCAGCUCCUAAAAAUGAAGGAAGUAGUCAUAACGCCCGUCCAUUGCAACCCCCGCCAGAUAGCGGAGUCUCCACGGGCUUAGUAGUGGGAAUUGCCGUUGGGGCAAUCUUGGUAUUGGUCCUGCUGAGUUUGAUGUUCAUAUGCUGCAGGAAGAAACGGAGAAGACAUCAUGGACCAGUGGAUUACUAUUCACCACCCCCUCCAGGACAUAAAGUUAACGCAUAUGGUGGCCCCGCACAACAAUGGCCACAAAACGCUCCACAACCCACAAAUGUUGCUGUUGUGGUUCCUCCUAAGCAUUAUCCGCCACCUUCAGAUGCACCUUGGCCUCCACUGUCUCCUAGUCCUUCACCUCAAGGCCCUCAACCUUCACAUACAUUUCGACCUCACGCGGGUAGUGGUGGAACUUCAUCCAAUUAUUCUGGGUCUUCAAAUUCACUUCUACCAUCACUCUCACCCGGGAUGUCCUUAAGCAUGACAAAAAGCACAUUUACGUAUGAAGAAUUGGUUAGCGCAACUGAUGGCUUCUCAGACGCAAACCUUCUUGGACAAGGCGGUUUUGGAUAUGUGCAUAAAGGGGUCCUUACAAAUGGAAAAGAGGUCGCUGUUAAGCAACUUAAGGUCGGAAGCGGCCAGGGCGAGCGUGAGUUUCGGGCAGAGGUUGAGAUAAUUAGCCGAGUUCAUCACAAGCAUCUUGUUUCUUUGGUUGGAUAUUGCAUCUCUGGAUCUCAGAGAUUGCUUGUCUAUGAGUUUGUACCUAAUAACACUUUAGAAUUCCACUUACAUGGAAAGGGAAGGCCUCCCUUAGAGUGGCAUGCGCGAGUGAAGAUUGCUUUAGGUGCUGCAAAAGGGCUGGCAUAUCUUCAUGAAGACUGCCAACCUAAAAUCAUUCACCGUGAUAUCAAAUCUGCCAAUAUACUUCUCGGGUUCAACUUUGAAACAAAGGUAGCAGAUUUCGGACUUGCAAAAUUAACUUCUGAUGCUAACACUCAUGUCUCCACACGAGUAAUGGGCUCAUUUGGGUAUUUGGCCCCAGAAUAUGCAUCUUCAGGAAAACUAACUGAAAAAUCAGAUGUAUUCUCAUACGGAGUGGUGCUCUUAGAGCUGAUUACUGGGCGGCGGCCUUUUGACUCUAGUCAAACUGUCAUGGAUGAUAGCUUGUUAGAUUGGGCAAGGCCAGUUCUCACUCGAGCUCUUGAAGAAGGAAACUUCAAUGCCCUUGUGGAUCCACGGCUUGGGAAGGAGUACAGCCAAAACGAAAUGGCUCGUGUUGUUGCUUGUGUUGCUUCUUGUGUGCAACACUCAGCUAAGCGUCGUCCUACAAUGAACCAGGUUGUAAGAGCUUUGGAAGGACAAGUUUCCCUGUCUGAUCUCAGUGAAGGGGUAGCACCAGGACACAGCAUGGGAUACAGUUCUUAUGAAAGUUCAGAUUACGACACGGCACAAUAUAAUGAUGACAUGAAGAAAUUCAGGAAAAUGGCAUUGGAAAGCCGUGAUUAUGGCAGCACUGGUCAGUAUAGCAACCCGUCGAGCGAAUAUGGUUUGAAUCCACCUGGCUCAAGUGGUGAAGCGCAUACAUACAGGAAGCAAAGUAGAGGUUUCACUUGAAGCAGAAACUAAUUAGCAGACAUAAAAUGCCAAGUGCUACAUGACUACAUUAUUAGUAACAUUAUAAUAAUGAAGAGAUUUUUGUAUAAGUAACAAAUUAUUUUUUUUCCAAAGCCUGGCCAUAGGAUUUAAAACUGGUAUUUAUAAUUGACACGUGUCAUUCUUAACAUUUCAAACGAAUUAUUUAAAAAAAUGAAUGUAAUAUACGCUAUUCUAGAAAUGUAUGAUUUCAAGGCAUUGAAGAAAUUGCUCAAGUUUUAAGAGCUUUGAUGUUUUACAAAACAAUCUUAUGUUUACUUGUUCAUUUAUACG